UAUUAAACGAACAGUUCAUGACCAGAUCUGGUGCGUGUUCUCGUCGCUGUUAGGUUCCUCGGCCCUCCCACUUUCCCACCUCUGUGUGCGCGCAUGUUAAUGCGCGAGUCAGUGACCGGGAGCGGAGAAAAAACCUGCUGCAGAUUUCUGUGUAAUCCCGUUUGGAAACGUUUGUACGUCAGUUAUUGGGAUGCGAUCAUAAUUUGAUGCCGUUGACAAACCAGAAUUGUAAACCUACCGAGACCUCGUCCACCAAGCCCGACAAAACGAUCACUGAGGACGUAAGGCGUCAUGGCUGAACAGCAGAGACAGCGCUCCCUGUCCACGUCGGGAGAGACGCUCUACCAUGUGCUUGGCGUUGAGAAGGUGGCCACACCUGAGGACAUCAAGAGAUCCUACAGGAAGCUUGCACUGAAGUUUCACCCGGACAAGAACCCGAAUAACCCAGACGCAGUGGAGAAGUUCAAGGAGAUCAACAAUGCCCACGCCAUCCUCAACGACCCCACCAAGCGCAACAUCUACGACAAGUACGGCUCUCUGGGCCUGUACGUGGCCGAGCAGUUCGGAGAGGAGAACGUCAACACCUACUUCGUCCUGUCCAGCUGGUGGGCCAAGGCCCUGUUUGUGUUCUGUGGCCUGGCCACAGGCUGUUAUUUCUGCUGCUGCCUGUGCUGCUGCUGUAACUGCUGCUGUGGGAAGUGCAAGCCGCGGCCGCCGGAGAGUGAGGAGCCGCAGUUCUACGUGUCCCCCGAGGACCUGGAGGCACAGCUUCAGUCUGACGAGAGAGAAAGUGGAGAACCCGUCCUUGUGCAGCCUUCCUCGGCCACAGAGACAACCCAGCUGAAGGACGGCCACCACGCCAGCUACUGGACUGACCCAAGCUUCAACUAGGCCCCUCCUGUACGAGGAGGGAAACCCCGGGGCCAGCGAUUGGAGGAGUAGAAUGCCAUGUGACAACAAAGAAACCAAUCCCAAUUUUCGAAAAGCACCCUUCUGCAAUUAAUGCAGCCGAUGUGAGCGUUUGUUCAGGAAAAGAGAAAGAGAGAAUCUGUAAAACUUUGACCUACCAGAGCCCUCCCCCCUCCUUCCCCCACUCACACACCCCAACCACACCGCAUAUCGUCCUGCAGAAUGUGCGAUUCAAACACAUCUUGGGUAGCUCAUUUUGUUUCUAUAUGUCACUUUAAUGUGCCGUUGUAGUAUUGAGAUGUCUGUACAUAUGAGUAUCCCAUGUGAGUGUGCUUUCUUUGGGUCUCGGUAGACUGCUGCUUUUAAUCGUGUUCAGUAAGAGGACUUUGUACUGGCAUCGUUCUCUGGCACUCCUGCCCACCAUGGUUAGCCUUUUAUUUUACCUGUAUGCCCCUCCCCCAAAAUCCUGCCAUUCCCUGCCCCCGCCACUUUAUUAGCCUUUUCUUUUGCUUGUGUGCCCCUCCCCCAGAACCCUGCCCCUCGGGGACACUGAAGGGUGCACGUGUGUUUUUGUGUACAUGCCUGUGCGUGUUUGUGCAUGUGUGCCUCGACUACUGCCCCUCAUAAAAUAUCACUGUGCCAACCGGUCCUUUCCUGCCCUUGUGCCCUGUGCCGUUUCGCAUGGUCUUCUCAGACUUGGUGUUCACGUGUUCACCACUUUGUCUUCUGGGAUGGGCUGCCAGUCCCACGUUGCUCUUAGCCGUUUGUGCUGGUGCUCUGCACCUCCCAACUUCAAAUGAGGCUGACGGUGUGUGCUGUAUGGUCGGUUUGAGCCAGGUCCGGGUCACGUGGGUUUCUCCGGUUUGUGCAUUACGUGAAUUUUUUCUGAUGGGUUUUUUUUUGUGUGUGACAGGACAGCAGCAGUGAGGACAAACUGCCUUGUCACGCCAUCAAGCAGUGUCCACACUGAGUUCUUUAGCGAGUGCUAAACGUGCACUACCACAGUACGGCCAGUAGGGAGUGCUGUUGUUUAACGGUUUGGAGGGCUGUCACUCAUCCUGAGUCUCAUGUUUUAGCAGACCCUUCGGAGGCUGCUGCAAAAUGACCUCACUGCAGGCUGACAUUUACCUGGGAAAGAUCAAGUAAAGCAGGCAUAGGAAGUAAAAACAGCGAGAGGAAAUGUGAGCUGGCUUGAUGUUUACAUGCGUGUUUGUGUGGCUUUUUAGUAGACAGACUCAACAUUAAGGACAGGUGUCAUCCACCUGCUACCACACAUUCUCAUUACAGUGCAAUAGCCUUGUGUGGAUAUUAUAUAUGUGUUUUCUGGCAUAGAAUCUCCCAUAACUGUGAGUAACAACCAGAAGAGCAGAACUUUAAAUGCUUCACAAGUAAAUAAAUGUUGUUUUUUUAAAGCAUUCAUUGCUAGUAGUGAUUUUAUUAAAAAUGUAUUUAUUUACUUAUUUGACUAUUGUGUUUAGAUCUCAAGUUUUGAUCUAGAUCUAUGGCUUGGCAUCACACUUCCCCUCUCUUCUGGUCUUCUCAAUAACACUAGAACUCCAAGCAUGCCGCACUCUUCCUCUCAUUUGAAGCACUCGCAGUUAAAUUCAGUGCAGAAACCUAUAUGUAAAUGUUGCAAUUAUUGUGUUCAAUGAUGGGAUUAAUUGCUGUGUGCUGUUGUAGAGCCUACUUGUGUGGCACUGUCCUGUCACUGUCCCCUAGUGGCUGAGAGAGAUCUGUGCACCCUGAAAAAUGUCCCAUUUGGACAGGCCAAUUUUGUCUCGGGUUUGCCAAUUAACUACAGCUUUGUCAAUGUCCCUGGGGCCAUAUUUUAUACAGGAAAUUAGCGGAUGUAUGAUGUGAAAUGAAAUCAACUGUAACCACUGUCACACACGGGAUUGAAACCUAUAGCCUCAAGGUUCCAGAUCUUAAUUUGCUAUGCCACUCUGCUGCCCAAUCUUCCUUUAUUAAGUAUUAUUUUGAAAUGUUUCCAGGUAUAUUCACAGCCCUGAAUAUACCCCGAAAUAGGCCAGUUUUUGUGAAAAUCAUAAAAAUCAGGGUGAUUUUAGUAUUGUGGUUUUGCAUUGCGUCUUGUGUGAUGGUUUUUGCGAAUUGGAGUGUUCUGAUUGUGUUUGGUGUUGCGGUGCUGUUUCAUCACGGUACCAGGUGGCAGGUUCUGGGAGUCCAUUUCAAUGCAUGCCACACGACAGCUUUGGUUCUGUUCUGCUAGAAUACCAUGGCUGGUGAACAUUUUUUAUCUUUUUUAAUGUGUGUGUGUGUGUGUGUGCGUGCAUGUGUUUGUAUGUGCAUGUAUGCAUUUGUGUGUGUGUGUGUGUUUGUAUGUGCAUGCAUGUGUGUGUGUGUGUGUGACUGUAGGACACGGGGGCGGAAGCCUUUUGGUCCACAUGGUUUUGGCUGUCUAGUACCUUUCUGCAGCAUGAAAUACAUCUUUUGCAGUCCAAGUUUAACAUCAGCAUUGACUGGGUUUUUAUUUUACCAAAACACAAAUUCCAUUUCCACUUCUUACUGGUAAAGAGAACCUCUGCAGCUCCUUCUUUGAGGGGUUCAUUGCAGCCUGUCGUAACUCUGCUUUUUAGCUGAGUGCAGGGCAGCCAGUGACAAAGCAUUUUAUCUGUUAGCGUGUGCACUGUUACAUAUUCCAGUAAGAGGACUGGAGAGCCUAUCCAUACCCUCUCUCUGAGAGCUGUAUUUCAUUUCAGCGAUUUGUGUUUCUAUGUAAAUACAAUAUGGAUCUACUAUAUAGUACUUGGUACUCUAUAGUACCAAGUACUAUAUUUUGAGAUUUAUCCCCCUUGCCAGCACUGUGCUAGGAGAGAAGACAGUCUUGUUCAAACUGAAAUCAGUUCAAAGGCCUCUUCCAGCAGGAGUCAAUAUAGGGUCUCCUCCUCCUAUGUCCCUUCUCUGACUCUCACAGAGCUGAUCUGGGAUCUGCCAGGCAGUGCCACUUUAUUUUUGAUGCAUAACAACAGGUAGUACAUGAGGAAAAAAACUGUUCACCCACUACAGUCCUAAGCGAGUACCGUGAGCUGUUUUUAGCAAACCAUCUGCUGCCUACCUUUUAAAAAUCUUUUCUUCCCAACCAUUUUUGUGCAGAUUUUGAAUGAAAUAUCUCCUAAAUAAUAUGCAAUGAAAUGAAAAAGCAAGUACAGUAGACAUGAACAUGGCCAUAUUUCACAGCGCCCUCCCGCAUUGUGCUCCAGUGGACGUUGAUGCCAGUGAUGUGCCAGUUUUAACCGUUUAUUCUGAUGUCUGAGUGCUCCACACCUGCAGCCCCUCUCCUCCCCCAAACCCACCCCCAGUCAAACUGUUGCCAGUUCGGUCUUUUAUUGGAAAAUCCUGUCCCAAAAUAUUCUCACUAUGGCUUCUUUGAGAUGUUGGAAAAUGCUAAUUGUUUUGAGUGAAUGCAUUGUUUGUUUGGAAUUGUACAGGAUUACUGAGGUCAAGAAGUUGUCUUUUAGAAACUUAAAAACAUAUGACAGAUAUACAGUAUCAUAACAGUGCUGCAUUAAUAUGAUGCAUAUAAUUUUAUUUAUUUUUUGUUUUUAAUGAAGGACUAUAGUUUUAAAUGUAUGUAAUUUAGAUGUGGCCAUUAAACAAUGUACAAAACUGGAUUUAAUGGUUGAGGUCUCUUGUACUGUACAUAUACUUAAUUAUGACGCAGUAAAAUAAAAAAAUAAAAAAACUAGUUUUAUGUUUUAGCAUGUUGACUGUAUGUCCGAAGGAAAAUGAACAUGGGUAACUUAUCUGAUUUGCUGUUGUAAAAUAAAUGUUUCUGAACAUUAA